AUGGCUGCCGAUGAGGAUUCCCUGAAACGUCUCCAGGCUGAAUUUCUGUGCUCGAUCUGCCGGGAUUAUUUCGAAGAGCCGGUGAUUAUAACCUGUGGGCACAACUUCUGCCGGGCCUGCAUCACACGGCACUGGGAGCAGUUCAGGGACACGUUCCCCUGCCCGGAGUGCAGAAAGGAGUUUCCAGAGAUCAAACUCCGGCCAAACAGGCAGCUGAGAAAUGCGGUAGAUUUAUUCGCUAAAGAGCUGGGUUUCCAGCCCCAGGGAAACCGGGCAGGAGACAGAGUGUGUGAGAAGCACAGGGAAGGUUUGAAACUGUUUUGCGAAGAGGAUCGCACGCCGAUCUGCGUGAAAUGCAGAGAGUCCCAGGCUCACAGAUCUCACUCUGUGGUGCCCAUCGAGGAGGCAUCGCAGGAUUCCAAGGAACAAAUUCGGAGCCAUUUGGAGAGUUUGAAAAAAGAGAGAGACGAGAUUCUGUCGUAUAAAUCGAGUGGGGAAAAUACAAGCCAGGAACUACUGAAACAGCUGGAAACUGAGAGGCAGAAGAUUGUGGCUGAAUUUCAGCAACUGCGCCAGUUUCUGGAGGAACAAGAGCGACUCCUGCUGGUCCAGUUGGAAGAGCUGAAUCAGGAAAUUGAAAAGGGGAGGGCUGAGUAUGUUGCCAAACUAUCUGAGGAACUAUCCUCUUUCAGUUCCCUGAUCAGUGAGAUGGAGCAGAAGUGCCAGCUGCCAGCAAGUGAAUUCCUGCAGGACAUCAAAGGCACCUUGAGCAGAUGUGAGAGGGAGAAGUUUCAGAACCCAGUGGCCUUUUCUUCUGACCUGAAAUGGAGAAUCUGGGAAUCUUCUCAAAGAAAUGCAUCUGUGGAGACCAUAAUGAAGAAAUUCAAAGACUCUCUGUCGUCUAGACAGCGGUUGGACAAAGCGAACGUGACUCUGGAUCCAGACACGGCCAAUCCCUACCUCACUGUGUCUGCGGAUCGGAAAAGUGCAAGAUCUGGAGGCGUAUGGCAGACUCUGCCCAAAAACCCUGAGAGAUUUGACACUGUGCCCUGUGUGCUGGGCUGUGAGGGAUUCACCUCGGGCAAACAUACCUGGGAGGUGGAGGUGGAGAUGGAGAAGUGGGGAGUCUGUGCUGUGGGGGUGGCCAGAGAGUCUGUGAGCAGGAAGGGAUGGAUCAGCCUUAACCCUGAGCAGGGGAUCUGGGCUGUGUCAUGCAGUGAGGAUCAGUACCAGGCUUACAUGUCCCCUGGGCAGCGCAUCCCCUUCCCCCCGAGCCGGGCACCCCGCAGGAUCCGGGUUUAUCUGGACUAUGAACGGGGGCAGGUGGCGUUUUUCGAUGCUGGUCGCGGGGACCCGAUCGUCACUUUCCCGCCGGCCUCUUUCGCCGGGGAGAGAAUCCGCCCGUUCUUCCAGGCUGGUGUUAGUGUCCCGGUCUUUGGGGUUCUUGGUACUGUGCGGCUCACACUGUGUCCCUGA